AUGCACGCAGAACUGCUCGGAUGUGGACAGACGGGCGAAGGACAGUUGGGAGCUCGUCUCUCGGAGCCAAUGAUACGAGUUCCAGAAAGAAUAAUUGGUGCUCCAAACGAUGCUGACGGAACAGCUGUGAAAUCAGUUGCAUGCGGUGAACAACACACAGUUUUUCUGACAAAAGACGGUAAAAUGUGGAGUGUUGGUAGUAAUUUAGAUGGACAACUGGGACGUGGGAAGAGAAGUGAAGGAUCAUUUUCAAUCUAUCCUGUUUCGUUGACGAGUGGAGUGGAAAUCGUACAGAUUGCCGCUGGUCGCGCCCACAGCGUUGCCGUAGCUGACGAUGGACGUGUCUUCGCGUGGGGUUCGAAUGAACACGGACAACUCGGAAUGGAAAGUAGUGUCGUUUGGCAGGAGACACCGAAACGUAUCAAAGAAUUGAAUGAAGUGGUACAAGUGGCUUCUGGAUCAGAUCAUUGCAUUGCACUAACAGACGGUAUGUCUAUAACAUGA